AUGCUGUUUUUGCUCCUUCUGUAUUGUACUACCUCAUUAACAACACAUUCCUUCGGAGCAAGGCUCUUUGGAUUCGGUGUUGAACAAGGCGAUCAGGUGCUAUCAUUUUCAAAUGAUUCGUACGCUGUAACAUUGGACGUACCAAUAAUAUAUUUUGAAGAGAGUCAAAGUGAAUUAUUCAUCUCUUCGAAAGGUAUUGUAACAUUUGGUAAAGCUGCCGAUAUUACGGAAAUAACGGAUUUGGAUCAAGGAAAAAUCGAUGCAAUUGCAAUAUUUUUUGCUCCAAUAAGUGCUGGAAAAAUUUUUUAUCGAGCAACUUCAAGUGAUACGGACUUGUUAAACGAUUUGACGUAUAAAAUUCGGAAAAACUUUCCGAAUCGGGAAUCAUCUGAUUUCUCAGCUUUGCAUGCUGUGGUGAUAACAUGGAGCGAUAUAAUGGGAGCAGAUUCCGAACAAGGCUCAAAUCAAUUUCAGAUGGUUUUAGUAACAGAUGGAAUGAGUUCCUACGUAUUUCUCAUUUAUAAUCAAAUAACAUGGACUGGAAAGAAUGGUCAGCAUGCGCAAGCUGGUCUGUACUUCUCUGAUGGUCGACGUGAAACGAUGGUCAAUAGUGGAACGCCUAAUAUCAAGGAACUUGUGAAUUUAUCAAAUAACCAAAACGAAGGUACAUACAUUUUCCGAAUAUCAGGUGCUACACCUGAAGAUCCACGAGGAACACUUGUUGAGGAUGAUUAUAGUUACAGUGAUUAUGAGCAGGAGUAUGACUCUGACAAUGAACAUAAACGACAGCACGACUUACUAUCAGAACAUUGUCCAACAGAUCCGUAUCGUGAUCAAUGUCCAGUGGAAUGUCACGUACUGACCGACGAUCACGGAUGCUCGCUUUGUGUUUGUGCACAACCACCAGAGCUUAACAAAUUGAAGAAGGAAGAUGAUGAAGUAGGCAAAAUUAUACUGCCAAGCCAACAUCAGGAAAUUAAUGUAACACCGGAGGGAUCUAUGCCGAGAGAAACAAUACAAGAACAAAAUAUAAGGGAUAAACAGCCAAAGUCAGAUGACGAAGAUGAAGGAGAAUCAAAAUUAAUUGUUCCAACGGAUCCGGAAAAUUUGAGGUCAAUUCACGACGUUGAAGGCAUUGCAUUGAGCUGUGUUGCAGCGAGUGAAAAAGUACAACCAUGUAGUUUGCACGCUAAGUGCAAUGACUACAAUCCAGGUUACUGUUGUGAAUGCUUGUCGGGAUAUUACGGUAACGGCGAAGAAUGUUUGAAAGAUGGGGAACCACAGCGAAUCAACGGUGGCUUUGAAGGUGUGAUAAAUGGUAAGGAAAUGGACCGAACUGAGCUACACACGUAUGUGAUGGUGGAAGAAGGUCGAAGUUAUACAGCACUCUCGCAAAUACCCCCAGAGCUUGGAAGAUCAUUACUGUUGCUGAAUGCAAUUGGUAGUGCUAUGGGAUGGUUGUUUGCCAAGGUGAUGUCACCGACAUCUUACAACGGAUUUAUGCUUACAGGAGGACUUUUCAAUCGUACAGUGAAUGUCCAUAUUGGAGAUCGAUAUACAGUAACGAUCAAGCAGCAGUUUUCUGGCCGUGACAUUUAUCAUUACUUCAAAGCAUACAUGUUCAUAUCAGGGACGUUGCCAGCAUUGGUGGAAGAUGCAGAAGUAAUUUAUUCAGAUCAUGAUGAGGAAUACAGACGAGAAGGACCUGGAUUUUUACGAUCACACUCAUCGCAAAUGGUAACGGUUAAGGAAGAUGGAGUAGAGACACAAAUGAAACUAUCGACUGACCAGCAAAUACAUUACAAAGAAUGUCCAUUUAGAGAGUUUGCGGAAGACCCAGUAGUAGUAAUUCACGUCAGUCGGAUUCAUGUUGUUUACGACGUUGAAGAGCAGAUCGUACGUUAUGCAUCUGCAAAUAUGGCAACAAAUCGAGAUACUAACAUCAUGGUAGCAUCAUCUGGUGGUGAUGAUCAUCAAUUACUUGACAAUAAUCAACAGUCAAAACAACAGCAGCAGCAACAGCACUACCGUAACCAAGAAUACCAGCUGCAGAAGGAAAAUGUGGAGAAUCAAAGACCACCAUGCACCAAUUGUUUACAAAAUGCUUGUGAAAGUGGUCGACAUUUAUGUAAAUUGCCGAAUAUGAUUUGUACCCCAGUGGAACGUUCGUACCGUUGUGAAUGCGUAAAGGGAUAUCAAGCGGAGUAUGAUAACGACACAGAGCUCGGCUGGAAAUGUAUUGAUAUGGACGAAUGUAAACGAGGAGAACAUAAAUGUGAUCGUAAUGCCAUCUGCAUCAAUCUGGAAGGUACAUUUGAGUGUCGAUGUGCAGAUGGAUAUAAAGGAGAUGGACGUCUUUGUAAAAAAGUCGGAGUUGGUGAUGAACCUGAUGAGAAGCAGCCAGCGACUGGAAGCGGUUGCCUCGAUCAUCGAGACUGUCAUCAAUGGGGAGAAUGUGUUUUCGGGCAGAAUGGAGAACCGGGCUACUGUAAAUGUCGUGGCUGGUAUACAGGUGACGGUGUGCAUCACUGUGGACCACCUACAGAGACAGAAAUCAAAGAGGUAGUAAUUGAAGAUUCUGGUCAAAAACAGAUGGGGCAGAUAUGCGGAGAUUACAAAUGUGAUGCAAAUGCAUACUGUGACUCAUUGUCAGGACAUGAGCAGUGUAAGUGUCAGAAUGGUUAUCAUUGGAAUGGAAUCAGUUGUGUCCCUCAUUUUAGUGCCGAACGAAAACCGGACGUUCUUACAGGAGAUCUCAGUAAUAUUAGUGAUGGCAUCGGCAAGGUUUGUCGUUCACAUGAUGAAUGUGGGGAACACGGUAAUUGCGUGUACAACAAUGAACUUGGCGCUUAUCGGUGUGUUUGCGUGCCACCGUAUUUUAGCGAUGGAGUGAAUUGUGUGGAAUCAAAAGGAGAUAACAAUUCUAGCAACGAAUUCCUAGAAGAAGUGUCUUGCAAUGUGAUUAAUAACUGUAAUACCAAUGCUGAUUGUAUCUUUGAAAAAAAUGAUCGUGGUGAAAGUGUGUAUCGUUGUCGAUGUCGUCCAGGAUUCUCGGGAGACGGUCAUCGGUGUACUAUGACCUCGCUGGAUAAUCUUCCCGCAUAUGCUGUACUAGGAUGUGAUCAGUUGGGUAACUGUGAUAUGAAUGCUGUAUGUGUACUUGAUGCAUAUACCAGUCGUCAUUACUGCCGAUGCUUGGAUGGUUUUGAUGGUGAUGGAUACAUGUGUGAGAUUGUACGACAAAAUAGCCUUCUGCCACCUUUGCUUCCCGAACCAGUAGAUGCUAAAAUUUGUCGCGAAGCAAGUGACUGUCAUCAAAAUGCACAUUGUGUAGUUCGUGAAAACUCAUUGGAUUAUUUUUGCGAAUGUCUGCCUGGCUACCGGGGUGAUGGUGUCACGCGAUGUACCAUUGCAGAUAAGUGUACACCUGGCGAUGAAUACGCAUGUCAAGAGAAUGCUGCUUGUGUUUUUGCAGAAGCUGAGAGAGCGUAUAUCUGCAAAUGUGUGCAAGGUUUUGUUGAUGAUGGACGACAGUGCGUAGCGCAACAUCCUGCAGCAUGCAAUGAACAACCAGGAAUUUGUCAUCGCAAUGCGCAAUGUGUUUACAACAGAAAUGAGGGACGACACAAGUGUGUUUGCAAACAUGGUACCGUUGGCGAUGGCUAUCAAGAUUGCCGUGAAGAAGCUAAAUUACACCGUUGUGGUGAAUGCUCAUCACAUGCACGAUGUGUACACAUUGAAGCGGAUGAUUCCUGGAGAUGUCGUUGCAUGCAAGGAUAUAUAGGCAACGGACAUUUGUGCACAUUAUAUACCAACUGUUUGGAUGAUCGGUCAUUGUGUGAUGAACAUGCAGAAUGCGUGCCAAACGAGUAUGGUCAUUAUAUCUGCAACUGCCACUAUGGAUAUCAUGGGAAUGGCCGAACUUGCACACCAGAUAGCGAAAGUCGUGACGAAGCAAUAUUUAUUUGUCGCGGUAUGACAAUAAUCGAGAGAAGCGUCAAUCCUGACCUACCGGGAAAACAGCUUAUAGUGGUACCACAUCAGAUAGCCGUUGGUAUUGAUUUUGAUUGUCAAGAAGAACGGAUUGUCUGGAGCGACAUUGCUGGUCAUUCAAUCUUAUCGGCAUCGAUAAAUGGAACGGAUGAACAAAAAUUCAUGGAUACAGUGCUGAAAAGUCCGGAAGGUAUCGCUAUUGACUGGUCUUCACGUAAUGUUUAUUACGCGGAUUCAGUUAAAGAUGAAAUUGGCGUGGCCAGUCUUGAUGGAAGAUAUUAUAAAACACUUAUCAAUGAAGGAUUAGUGAAUCCACGCGCGUUAGCGAUCGAUCUAACUGAAAGGUAUUUGUAUUAUUCGGAUUGGCAUCGUGAAAAUCCAGUGAUUGGACGCGUACGUUUGGAUGGUACCGAGAAUUCAGCAUUCAUAUCCACAGAAGUCAACCUUCCUAACGGGCUUACCGUACUUCUGGAACGACGUCAGCUGUGUUGGGUAGAUGCUGGCUUACAGCAGUUAUCUUGCAUUGGCUUAAAUGGGCAAAAUCGUCGGAUUGUUUAUGCACCACUCCAGUAUCCUUUCGGAUUAACUGUCCACAACGAACAACGCUUCUACUGGACCGAUUGGAGCGAUAACAAAAUCCAUUCGGUAUCGGUAAAUGGCGAUGGAUAUAUGUCAUUUCCAGCAACGAUCGGUGGUGGUUCUGGACGACUGUAUGGUCUUGUUUCUGUACCAUUACGAUGCAAAGGAGUUGCAACAGCUUGUGCAGUGAAUAAUGGUGGUUGCGAACACUUGUGUCUGCCGGGGAAGAUAGAUAUAACUUGUGCUUGUCCGGAUAAUAUCGAUAGGUGCUAAUCGUGAUCUGUGUUACUGAACGGCUAGGAAAUUUCUGUUUCCUUAUCAAAGGAAUUAUUUUUUUUGCGGUGCAUGGUUAAAAUCUAGAUGGUUUCUCAUGGGGAAUUUCAAAGUUUUCUGACGAAAAUAUCAUUUGGUGGUGAUCAGAAUUAAAAUUCAGCAUGAAGCCAUGAUCCGAAUGAACCUUAAUGAUUAC